AUGAACCUGGAGAACUACUGGUGGACCGAUGAUAAUCUUACGGCUAUCUGUGACUCUGGCUGUGCUGAAGCUGUUGGUUCUUGGAACUACAAUGCCUCUGACCCCUGUUAUGAGCAAACUUUCACGGCGUAUGGAAAGCUUGUCCCCAUAUGGACGGUCACUGAGCGUGUUGUCGACAAUCUUAUCUUCGCCUGUCUAGAAUCCCGGUCCGAGAACUACACAUACUGUCUCACCGAGUCUCAGGAGUGGGUCGGAGCUGACGUUUUGCGAGUUGACUGCGAUGCCAAUCCUUCAGAUCCUACCUGCGGCGGAAAUUCUACGGAUAUCCCCGAGGCAAAUGUUCGCCUGGCAAAUCUUUACGAAGACGAUAUUCUGUGCAGCGAUUGUUUCAUCAAUCAGCUUUACACUCGGCUGACGUCAAUUUUCCUCCCGGAUACCGACUACUCGGAUUACCUCGCUGAUCAGAUUUUUGACAUCCAAGAUGUCUGCAACAUCACUAUUCCCGACUUCACGAUACGAUUGCCCUGGGACUACGAUGCUGCGGAGCCCCUGUCUUCCGUUGACGUAGGAUCCUCGACGACUGCCGUGGCCACUGCUACCACUUCCACAGCCGCUGCUACGACCACGUGUGUUGGCCAGACGAUUGGCUCUGCUGCCGCAUCCAAGAGAGCCGAAGACUUGAGUUGGUUUGAGAGAUCGACACCCGGGCUGAAAGCCAGGCAGGCAUCGUCAUGCGGUGACUUGUCUUCUCAGUAUGGUGUGAGCACCGGAGCCCUGCAAUGGUUCACGAACAGCGAUACCUGCGCCGUCUCUGGCUAUGUUUGUCUACCUCAACGAUGCACAUUGCAGAAAGUCGGAAGCAACGAGACCUGUGAAAGCAUCGCGGCAUCCAUUGGCGGAGGCACUACAAUUGUCCAGUUCAAAAAGUGGAAUACGUAUGUUCUUGGACUAUGUGAUAGUCUUUCCGAGGGCCAAUAUGACACGCUGGAUAGUUCUCCUGGCGUUAACGCUACAUAUACUCUGCCUGCACCGCCUUUAGGCACAGCUGCCAACGCAGGAAACCAGCAGCGAGGUGGUGCUGGGGGCAUUGUGACACCAACAACGACCGCAACAGACAUAGUCAACCCAGUUUCUGGAGGAGCGGCUCCAAGCCCAACUCAAGACGGUCUUGUCACCAACUGCAAUAACUACGCCAGUGCUACCGCCGGAGACGGCUGUGAAGGGUUUGCCACGCGUAACUCGAUUGAACCAACACAGCUUUACGCAUGGAACCCGGUGCUUGGUACUGCUGGUUCCGAGUGCUCAACCGCUCUAUGGGCUAGUGAGUACUAUUGCAUCGGCACGUGGAAACCAACUCAGACUUCAGCCGUGGCUGCACCGGGUCCAACCCAGACGGGAAUCACGUCCAGCUGCAACAAGUUCGCAGAGGCCAUCUCUGGCGACGUUUGCACCGUCUUUGCCUCUCGCAACAAUAUCACACCGGCUCAGCUCUACGCGUGGAAUACCGUGCUGGGAGCCAACGGAGAGAACUGCGCAGGCUCCAUGUGGGCAGAGGAGUAUUACUGUGUUGGUGUUGUUGGAUCAUCAUCAUCAGCAGCAGCAACGACGACACAGGCAACAACAGCCACCGCUGCAGUUUCGACGACUGCUACUCAAGUGACAGCCCCUGGCCCGACCCAGACCGGCAUCGUGUCCAGCUGUUCCAAGUUUGCCAAGGCGCCGACCGGAGUGGUCUGCGGCGACUUCGCGAGCAGCAACAGCAUUUCGACUGAUCAGCUGUACGCCUGGAACACAGUUCUCGGUGCCAAUGGAGCAAAUUGUGCGUCUUCUAUGUGGGCAAACGAAUAUUACUGCGUCGGCAUCACUGUGGCUGCGCCUGGUCCGACCCAAGCUGGCAUCGACUCCAACUGUGCUCGUUACGCCGAAGCACCUUCGGGCGCGACCUGCACCACUUUCUCAAGCUCUGCUGGGAUCACUCUGGCUCAACUGUAUGCGUGGAAUCCGAUUUUGGGGGCGAAUGGGGAAAACUGCGCCUCGUCGAUGUGGGCUCUGGAAUAUUAUUGCAUUAGUGUUACAAAGUAG